AUGACAAGCUGCUUUUCUUCAUCUCCUUUGUUCAAUCUUUUGAAGAAAUCAAUACCACUUUAUGCUCCUAACAAAUUAAUCAUAACUCCUCAUUCUCCUUACAAUCACCUUACCAUUACUCCUAGGCCUUUAGCCGCCUCGUCCAUGUCCACGUCCACGACACCGCCUGAGUUCCCUACAAGGCGCACUCAAGAAGUUAACCUGCCUACACCGGUUGAGAUGCCUCCAACCCCGUCUGAACCCAACGAGUUCAUCAUUGCACCUGAACCAGAGAUUAAACCGCAUAUACCAACGCCUGAUCCCACACCGAAUCCACCAGGACCAGAGAUUCCGCACACGCCCAUCCCUUCCCCUCCUGGACCUGAUAUAUUCCCACCACCGGAGGUUCCACCUCGUCAGCCGCCUGAUGUUGUUCCGCCUAACGUACCGGAAAUAGACCCACCGCCAUCAACACCAAAGCCUGAUAUAAUCCCACCUACAGGUCCAACGGUUGUACUCUAA